AUGCACCUGCCUGCAGAAAUAAUCAGCAAGAUCGUGGAGGAGUUGAUCAAUGUUCCCGAGACGGAGUUUCACCCAUUCGAUGACGACUGGUUCACCAGCCGCCGUGUUCUAUGGGAGGAUGUGAUUUGCACCAAUCACUAUGAUCACCAUCGAAUCAAUAUAGGCCAGGAAGCCCUCGCGCUUCGCCUGAUCUCACGAGAAUGGAACCAAUGGGUGACAGCUAUGAUGCAAGAACAUUUCACAUGGAAGGUUGACAUUGGCUCCGCCGACUCUCUUAGGAAGGCUUUGAUUUGUCUUCCGGAGCCGAAUGAAGGUUGUGCUCAGGGCAAUGGGUUAUUACCGACUCGCGAGAUUGUGAGACGGCUGGUGGUAAACCCGGGGAAGGAGACUCGUGAUAUAUCUGUCGGUGAUCAACCCAAGAAGUGGAAUAUCAAAGACCUUCUGCUUCAACUUUUCCGUCGCCUGGGACAUGUGGAAGAUUUUGCCCUGCAUUUUCCACGAGGAAACUCAAAUGAUCCAGAUGUAGCCAACUCCAUCGUCGAAGCGGUAGCCCACUGCUUCCAGCAGACCAACUCGUCGAGCCGUAUAACAAGUCUUCAGCUCAAGGUUCCCAGUACCUAUCAUGCCGCACAGGCCUUCCAAGCCAUUCUGCCUGAUAAGCCGGCGAAAAUCCGGAACCUUCUGGUUGAAAUCCUCGAUUCCUCUGGGAAGUCGGGAAGCAGAGACUAUCUUGAGAAAUCAUACAUGGAGGACGAAGACAUCGAUGGAACCGCGGAAGAAUCAGGGGAUGACGAACCAGCGCUAGACUACAAUUCGAGCUUUGACAGAUCUCCUCUUCAGCGAAUAUACCCCAACAGACGACACCAACAGGAAUUAUGGGAGUGCAUCACUGAAUGCAAACACCUGCAAGCGCUGAGUAUUCAGGGUACUCAUUACCUUAAUUUGCGCCGGCUUCACUGGCCAGCAGCUCCUAACUUUACAGACCUUCGUGUGCUUCAUCUCGGCCGGCUCUAUAGCGGUGUCACGCCUAUCCAGAAACUUAUCAAACGGGAAGGGAGACCAGCUUCAUUACAGAAGCUUAUAAUAGACGACGUCAAAAUGCCAUUGGAUGAAGGAAUAUGGGGCGCAGUUCUCCAAUUUCUUUUGGAUGAAUGUCCGAAUCUUGAAUUACUCUUUGUGUAUAAUCUGAGCUAUUUUCAGGAUGUCGGCCGAUGGGCCGGGCUCAGCUCACCAGAAGAUGGCACCGUCAUUGAUUCUAGUGAACGUGAUGACGAGGAACCAUUGAAAGAACUAAUUCAUAUGUUCGCGGACAAAUUUGGCAGUUCUGAUACCUGGCCGUAUUGGCUGAGGGAGAUGUGUCAAGAUUUGGACAUCAUGGAGGAUUACCAGAAGAAGUGA